CGCUAACUUUUCGCGCUCGGUGACUGCUUGGAGACAGGCGAACGGACGACCGCUCUUCUAGGGUCUCCACUGCCUUCCGCAGUUUCACUGUCCACAUCGCCGUCGGAGAUAUCAAAGCUCUUGGUUUCCGCCGAAGCGAGAGAGGCAGAGGGCGAGCGGAGGAAUCAAAAUCUGGGGGCGGAUCUUUCUUCGAGCCUCUCCUUUUAUCUUCGAUGGCGCGCGCUUCAAAUCUCCAUUCCACUCGCCUCCUCCUCUGAGAUCGUCGAACAUCGCCUCGUUCCCCUCUGUGUCUCCCUUUCCUUAUCCCGUCGUCGAUUGGACGAAUGGCCAACGCGCUGGGGCUCGCAUCGCCGCCGGCGCACUUCUUCCGGGGUAAAAAGAUGGCUCUUUGGGACCUCUCCAGACCCAUCCAAUGGACGCCGCUUAGGUGCCGGGCCGCAGCCGAGGCUGGGGUCGAGUCCCGCGUUCCCGAAUCUGCCUCGCCUAGGUCGAUGCGCCCAAGGCUAAAUAGAAACAAAAAAAGGUUGAUAAAUGAACACUGCAGGGUUGUUGGAAUGGGUUCAAAACUUGUUGGAUGUGGAUCAGCUGUCCCUAAACUUAUUGUUUCCAAUGCUGAUCUUGCACAAAUUGUUGACACCUCAGAUGAAUGGAUUUCUGUUCGGACAGGGAUUCACAACAGACGAAUUCUUUCAGGAAAUGAAACAUUGGGUAGCUUGGCUGUGGAGGCAGCAAAUGGGGCUCUUGAAAUGGCUCAAGUAAAUGCUAGAGAAGUUGAUCUUAUCAUUAUGUGUUCGUCCACUCCUGAUGAUCUUUUUGGAUCUGGUGGCCAGAUUCAGAGAGACUUGGGGUGUAAAGAUGCAUGGACCUUUGACAUAACAGCUGCAUGUAGUGGGUUUGUUGUGGGCUUAAUCACUGCUACCCGCUUCAUUAAAGGUGGCGGGUUUAAGAAUAUCCUGGUAAUUGGUGCAGAUGCUCUCUCUCGAUAUGUGGACUGGACAGACCGAGGCACCUGCAUACUUUUUGGUGAUGCUGCUGGUGCUUUGUUAGUCCAGGCAUGCAGUAGUGAUGAAGAUGGUUUGCUUGGUUUUGACGUACAUAGUGAUGGCCAUGGCCAAAGGCAACUAACUGUUCUAGCAAGAGAUGAGCGAAUGGAGAUCACCUCAAGCAUGAAUGGUGCUCCUCUGUUCCCUCCAAAGAAGAAAUCUUUUUCUUGUAUCGAAAUGAAUGGUAAGGAGGUUUUCCGCUUUGUCGUUCGCUGCGUACCUCAGUCUAUUGAAGCCGCUCUGGAUGAGGCUGGCAUUCCCACUUCAAGUAUUGAUUGGUUGCUACUUCAUCAGGCAAAUCAGCGGAUCAUAGAUGCUGUUUCCACCCGCCUAGAUAUACCUUCUGACAAAGUCAUAUCGAAUUUGGCAAACUACGGGAACACCAGCGCUGCCUCCAUUCCUUUGGCGUUGGACGAGGCUGUUCGGAGCGGAAAGGUUCAGCCUGGGAAUACCAUUGCUACUGCAGGUUUUGGUGCAGGGCUGACUUGGGGUUCAGCAAUUGUGAGGUGGAAAUGAAUCCUCCAUAUGAGGUUUCAGAUUGCAGUUGGCAUGUAAUGCCUCAACCUCAUCAAUUUAUAAUUCCUGAACCAGCAUGCAUUUCCAAUCCAUGUUUGGAAAAAUGCACAGAGGUUUAGUUGUUUUCAUUUUUGCCGGUGUUUACGUUGUCUGUCUUGUCAAUUUGUCGUUCCUCGUUCCGAAUAAUAGUCGAAUCAAGCAGCCUGUAUGCUGAUACUGGAUGGCUGUUUUAUCUUCCUUGAAAAACUUCUUUCACGAGGUAAAUGAUUGAUUCAUUAGAUAUUCUCUUCA